ACAGCCAGGAACUCCCUGAGUCAGCCCAGUGUGUGGCUGACCAUCGUCCUGACCUCCAUCCUGUGCGUUCUGCCCGUGCUCUUAGGUGCCACGGCCAUCGAGGAUAAGUUACAGGACGGAGUCCCUCAGACUAUUGAGCAGCUGUCCAAAGCUGACAUCAAAAUCUGGGUUUUGACCGGAGACAAACAAGGUAUUCGGCCCCUCUAA